CAGCCUCCUCCCCUCAUUAGUACAGGCAGGAGCAGGGGAGAGAGAGGCAGACAGAGGUCUAGAGGUGGAGAGGCUGCUGCUGUCUAACUGCGCUCUCUGCCAAUGAGCAUUGCACCCAGGGAAUGUAACAGUGCAGCCUGACCUACCUGCAUAGUGCACCCCCCUACCCACCUGAAUAGUACAGCCCGACCUACCUACAUCUACAGCGCAGCCUGGUCCACCUACACGGUGCAGGGGAGCUACCCAGGCGGCGCAGUUUGUGCGCUAACAGCUGCGGAACCCAUUGGAACAUACAAGUUGUUGGCACCGGGAUAGUAGCACCAUCUAUCUUUCCCCCCUAUUGGAUGACAAAGGAUUUGGGGAAAGUUCCAGACAAAGUUCAGAGAUUUACAUUUUUCCUCUCUUCUGCGAUUUUUUUUGUUCCCGUCUGGUUUUCCCAUCAGUGGAGUCGCAGGGUCGGGAGCUGGGGAGUCGGAACCCUUGGAUCUGGUACUGAGUUGGGGGGGGGGGACACCUUGAAUAAUGGGAGUAAGAGCUUUAGCCUUGUGUUUGCCCCUCCUGGGCUGCCUUGUGGGGCACAUCGCUGGCUUUGGGGAUGAAGAGGAGCGGCGCUGCGACCCCAUCAGGAUCUCAAUGUGCCAGAACCUUGGCUACAAUGUCACCAAAAUGCCCAACCUGGUGGGACACGAAUUGCAAGCAGAUGCCGAGCUCCAACUCACCACCUUUACCCCUCUCAUACAGUAUGGGUGCUCCAGUCAGCUCCAGUUCUUCCUUUGCUCGGUGUACGUCCCAAUGUGCACGGAGAAGAUUAAUAUCCCCAUCGGGCCCUGCGGCGGGAUGUGCCUCUCGGUCAAAAGAAGAUGCGAGCCGGUUCUGAAGGAGUUUGGGUUUGCCUGGCCGGAGAGCUUGAACUGCAGCAAAUUCCCGCCGCAGAAUGACCACAAUCACAUGUGCAUGGAGGGGCCGGGAGAUGACGAAGUCCCCGUGCAUAGCAAGACCCCCGUGCUGCCGGGGGAGGACUGUAAUUCCUUCGGACCCAAUUCCGACCAGUACACUUGGGUUAAGAGGAGCAUGAACUGCGUCCUAAAGUGCGGCUACGAUUCCGGCCUGUACAGCCGCCUGUCCAAGGAGUUCACGGACAUCUGGAUGGCCGUCUGGGCCAGUUUGUGCUUCAUCUCCACCGCCUUCACCGUCCUCACCUUCCUCAUCGACUCGUCCCGGUUCUGUUACCCCGAACGACCCAUCAUCUUUCUCAGCAUGUGUUACAAUAUUUAUAGCAUCGCUUACAUUGUCCGACUGACGGUGGGCCGGGAGAGGAUAUCCUGCGAUUUUGAAGAGGCGGCAGAACCGGUUCUGAUUCAGGAAGGGCUGAAGAAUACUGGCUGCGCAAUCAUUUUCCUACUCAUGUACUUUUUCGGGAUGGCGAGCUCCAUCUGGUGGGUCAUCCUGACGCUGACUUGGUUCUUGGCCGCCGGCCUAAAGUGGGGGCACGAGGCUAUAGAGAUGCACAGUUCCUAUUUCCACAUUGCAGCCUGGGCCAUCCCGGCCGUGAAGACCAUAGUCAUCCUCAUCAUGCGAUUGGUGGAUGCCGACGAGCUGACCGGGCUGUGCUACGUGGGCAACCAAAACAUUGAUGCGCUCACGGGCUUUGUGGUCGCACCUUUAUUUACCUAUUUAGUUAUAGGCACUUUGUUCAUUGCCGCCGGACUCGUAGCGCUGUUUAAAAUUAGGUCCAACCUCCAAAAAGACGGAACGAAAACGGACAAACUGGAGAGACUGAUGGUGAAAAUCGGCGUCUUCUCCGUCCUGUACACCGUGCCGGCCACGUGCGUCAUCGCGUGCUACUUCUACGAAAUCUCCAACUGGAACGUGUUCCGUUACACCGCCGACGACUCCAACAUGGCGGUGGAAAUGCUCAAUAUAUUUAUGUCCCUACUGGUGGGGAUCACCUCCGGCAUGUGGAUCUGGUCGGCCAAAACCCUGCACACGUGGCAGAAGUGCACCAACCGGCUCGUGAACUCGGGGAAAGUGAAAAGGAAGAAACGGGUGGACGGGUGGGUGAAGCCGGGGAAAGGCAACGAGACUGUGGUAUAGUCCAGGCUUGCACGUGGCCUUCUUUUAUUUGGAAGGAGACGUUUGUACAAUGUUGAUGUCAACAUUACUGUUCGCUGGAGAGAGGCCAUUUUGAAGUUGGCCACGCCUUAAUUCCCUCCACUGUGCAGAGGUAGUGCCUGAUCACCACAGUAUGGAAACAGCUUUGGGUGUACGAGAGGCCUGACCUUCUCCUUGGUCAUUUGUAUUGGUCAAGGCAGGACCUUUUGGACAGGCGAUGGCUUAUCUGGCGUUGAACUGCCAGAUCUUUACGCGACCACGUUGUGCCAGGCUUUGACGGCGUGAAGUCUUAAGAGAUGCUGUCCCGAGACAAUAUGGUGCCUAUGUACAUGUUGGCUAUUGAAUGCCAUUUCCUCAUAGAGGAUGCUGGGACUUGUAGUUUAAAACCAGUUGCUACAAGUUGGACUUCCCUGCUAAAGUGCAAUUUUUUGUUAAGGAAGGCAACCACUAAACACUGGAGAUGUAGAAUUUGCUGUUUUUACUAUGCGGUGCCUUUGCAAUGUGGAAGACGCGGGGGAAGCUCACAGACACAGGCUGCAUUAAUGCCGGUGACGCAUAGCAACCAAUCAGGUUUGCUUUCAUUAGCGUAAGUGCACUAGACAGAUCUAAACCUAUUUCUGAUUGGUUGCUAUGGGUUUCUGUAGCGGUUUUGUAUUGCUCUUAUGUCGGUGAGUUCCUCCGUGGUUUCCCUGCUCCUGCUUAGCCUUAUUGUGUUUCGUUUAGCCACUUCUAACUAAUUGUUCUGGUAAUUGUUCUAUAGAGAAAAAAACAAACCUGUGAGUGAGGCUAAUUAAGGGUCUGUGGAUUUUCUAUGUAUGCAGAGUCCAAUUAGCACUAAAAUGGAGGUGUAGGAAACGAAUAGGCUCUUAUUUAAGAGAAAUGUGAACCCUCGAAGCGGAUUCAUGGGAAAUUCAGAAUGCUCUUUUGAGCACCUUUGCAAUUUACUUAUUUUUUUCUGUGUUUUUUUUUUUAAGAUAUUAGCAGUUUUAAAACUAAUGUAGCAAUUUAGGAACAAUAGUGCCACCUGGUGUACAUUUUGUGUUAUUGCUCAGCUUAGAACCAGUGUUCUAAGAGAAGAGUGCCAGGCCCCUAUGAAGAUUUUUGAAGGGGGCGGGUCCAGCGUAGAAAAGCACCUGUCCCACCUUCCCCCCAUCAUCUUGCAUAUAAAUCCCCACUCCCUCCCCUCUUUCCUACCUGAGAGCUGGUGGGGAUUGGGGAUUAGUAUGAAACAAUGAAAAAAGCAGACCCCGCAGUCCAGGCCCCCCUGACCCCGCCCCCCAUGACCAUGGGGUCUGCUUUCUCUAUUGUUACCCCACUGCUUAGAACCCACUACAGAACCCGAUUCUCUGCUCCCCAACUCCAUUUUCCAAUCAAAGCAACAUCACAACAAUUUCCUUUUCUCACAAACUUAACUUUCUACCAUGUCCAGUUUGAACAAAAUGAACAGCAGGUGGCGCUGUUCGUGGCCAUACACAUAACGAUACACUCGCCUGGCGAGGACCUUUUCCCAAUAUCCCCACCUACGGGUGGGCGAUAUCGGGGAAUUUUAGGCUAAUUCAGUUGUUUGGCCCUGGGGCCAAAGAUCGAAUUAUAAGGACUGUAAAGUCGCUGAAUCUUUUAACCUGCCCAAUCGAUAUUUGCCCAAUUUCAGGCCAGAUAUCGGUUGGGCAGGCCUGUCGUUGCUGCCCCUACACGGGCCAAUAGCUGCCGAAUCAGUCCAAGGGACCCAUAUUGGCAGCUACAAUCGGCCCAUGUAUGGGGACCUUAAGAGUUAUACGAACAGUGUUAAAACUGCUAAUACCUUAACAACUAAAACAGAAAUGUGAAUUGAAUUUACACUGAUUAGUGACAAGGGUUUACAUUUCCUUUAUGGUGACCGGGCCUUCCCUCUCAGAAGCACUCGUCGGAAUGCAGAAUAUCUCAGGUUUCCAGUAGGUUAAAUGUUUAUUGUACAAAUACAUAUUGCGAGUAACUGCAGCCUUUUGUUUUGGUAGCUGCCCCCCCCCAAAGGCAGAUUAUGCACCAGAAUGGAUCCUGCCUGGCAGCUCUCAUUUCUCCACGUGGCUGUAUAGAAGGUUUUUAUUGGUUCAUAUAGCGGUGCCUUAAUGGGGAAGGUCAGGUCACCUUACUCUUCAGGAAUAAAAGGAAAGAAAACAAUGCACUAUUUGAUGUGUGGACAGUUAAUUUAGCUCUGUAAAUAGUAUUAGCAUAACCAUUGUGGUGCCUUUGUGAAGAAAACAAAAUUCGGUAUAACGCACGUUGAUGUUAUAGUUCUGCCGCCACCGCCA